UUCUAUUUUUGCAAUAAAAAGUACAUAUGAAAAGCAAUAAGUUAUUGCCCUUCAUAUAUACUAAUUAUGAAAAAUGUUAUUGGCAAUAACAUUGCUCUCUCACUACCAAACAUACUCAUAAUUUAAUCUUAUUUACCUUGUCUCAAGAUUCGUUUCUUGUAUGUACAUGCGAGAUUGACGAAUAUCAAAUGAAGUCGAAUGAAAAAAAUAAAAAUAGAAGGGGAGGGAAAUAAACAAAACACGUACGGUGAGAUAAUGACGCAAUUUCGCCUGGACAAUUUUGACAACAGCCGGAAUGCAGCCAGCCUUCUGACGGUUGCCAGAACAUACUGCUUGAUAUCAUCCGUAUAUUUCAAAUAGGCUAAAUUUCAAAUGUACGAAUGAUGGUCAACAAAACGCGUUUGAACAUUAGUUAUUCACUAAAAAGACCUUUAUCAUUUCUUUCCGACAUAUCAAAGACUCGGGUGAUUUGCAUUGAUCAGAUGCCUACGCCCGACUCCUCUGGUAGAAGGUAAAUGUUGAGUUACUAAAAAAUUUCUGCUUGCUUAAAUGACCCUCUUUCACGUCUCACCUUACGUUCUAUAUUCACCAGUGCGGUAAAUUUUCAUUUUCAAUCGAAUAUAUAUCAGAUCAAAAUGAAGUUUAUGGUCACUAUCCGUCAGUAUAUCGAUACAGAUUCAUAUAACUUUUGCUGCCAUUUUCAAGUGAAGCUCUCCGAAUUCAUCGUCAGUUGAAUAAUCGAACCUAGUCAUUUGAAGUUUUGCAUUCUCAGUUUCAAGUUUCAAGCUACUUCAUUGCCUUCGCUGUUGGUAUUGAGCAAGUUCGAACGAAUAGAAUUAUAAAUGGGAUAAAGUAUUAAAAAUGAUAACUGAAGGAAGAAACUAUUAAUUCAUGUGAAUUGUGUUAUUGAUAUUUCAGCUACCUGGUUUGUCUUCCAUUUAUUAUCUUGAAUCAAUUCGAAUGUUUACAUAAGUGAGUUUUUCUAUUAUAGGUACUUCCGAAACCGGAAUCCGGGAACGGGUAUAAUCGAAGUUUUUGAGUCUAUAGUUACAAUCUUCGGUCGUUAAUCGAAAAUCGGGGAUCAGAAAAGCCAACAAUAAUUUGUUUGGCCGUCUACUGACAAUGACUAUCGAUUGGAAUAGUUUUGAGGCAAUCUUAAAAAUUAUUUUACAUGUUUUACUCACCGCAUUUAGUGAUGGUAUAAAUAUUUUAACAAUCUUCACCCUGUAAUUCGCAAUUAGAUGUCGGACCCGAAUGAAAUUCAAGAAUUCAAUAUGGGACCACAAAACCUUUCAUUUGAACCUAAGUUUGUAAAAAUCGGUCAAUCCAAAGUGAGUGAGAUUUAUUUUGGAACAUAGGAUCACUGUUCCCUAUGCUUCCGGAAUCUAGGAUAGCCGCAAUCGGUUUAUUUUAUUUGUCUACUGAUAAUGGCUACCGAAUGGAAUAGUUUCGAGGCCAGUUUAAAAAUUUUGUUUACGAUUCGUGUAUCAAAUUAUUAACACACUUUACCCUAUAAAUCCGGAACCGGAGGUCGGAUCCGGAUGAAUUUUGGAAAUUUUGUAUGAAAUCAUGAGAACUUUCAUUUGAAGUUAAGUUUACUAAAAUCGGUCACACCAUCUCUGAGAAAAUCGUGGAAGUAAGUUGAAAUAGAAAUGUUUACGCUAAUCAUCCUGUAGUUCUGGAACCGGAAGUCGGAGUGAAAGAAAAUUCAGGAACUUUGUAUGAAAUAAUUAUACCUUUCCUUUGAAUCUAAGUUUGCAAGAAUCGGUUCAGCCGUUUCUGAGAAAAUUAAGGGCACUUAUUUGCAUUUUUUGCACAUAUCACUCUGUAACCCCUAAACCCUCCCCUGUAUACGCGCCUGACUUGGAUGCUCGUUCAUUAUGUUAUCACUGUUCACGAUAAGUGGUUUUCUGGGAUCAUUCUAAAUGAAAAAAAUACAUAGAUCAAGCUUGUCGAACUGUCCAACUCGACGCCAAACAUUUCGUUGUUUCGAAUGGUCAGACUAUCAAAGAAUCUAUGCAUCAAAUCUAAUACGUUUGAUUUAGACAUUUAAGGAAAGCGACCAUAAUGCCGAUUUUUGUUUUUGCUUGAUACAUUUCUUCAUUCGUGAUUUUUUAACCUCAAAUGUACAUCUACAGAUGCUCCUGCCUUCUCGCUGUUCAGGUGCGAAGAGAUAAAGUAAACUUGUCAUUUUUAUACCGUUUCAUAGAGGGCCCCCUUAACAUGUCAUCCCUGUGACAUAUCGUUAAAGACUUCUAUUCUGCAACAAGCAUGAAACCCGCCCGCCGAAUCACAUUCAUUUCGAAUAGCAGUAUACUGGCGAGCAGCAGCCCGACAACAGUUUGCUGACAUAGCUUUUUAUCCACUCGUUUUUUUUAUUCGUUCAGUGGCGUACGCGAAGGAAGCGAUCAAAACAAAACCGUAAAGUCCUGUACUCGCGAGAGCAUAUCUUAUUCUCUCAUUCUCAUUGAAGUUUUGGUAUUGGAAGACAUCAAAACUGACGUAGGCACUGGCGGUUGGUUGUCGAGCUUUGCCAACAAACUUUUCUUUCUUGAGUCUCGCUCAUUCGACCAGUUGCUGCUGUAGAGGAGUUUUGCGCUGUUCAUUGGCAUUGACAUUGCUGAAGAUCAGUACUAAACAGACACCGAGGAUCGAGAGAUCGGUUGAACUACUUUCAUUUAGAAGAAAGAUUUGUUAAUCGAUCGUUGUAGUGAUUGAAAUUGGAAUAUUUGGAUUAAAAAUACAGAAUUUCCGAGAAUACUUUUGUAACAAGUCAGUAUCAGAAAUAGCUUGCACAGAUAAACUGCAUCUUUUCCAGAACACAAUGGGAGAAAAAAUAUCCUCAUCUACUUCAACCACGACCCGAAGAAGGUCUCCUGCCAAACAGAAUGACCAACAAGUACCCAAAGAGAAAACCGCACCUAAACGCAAAAGUCGAGAGGAAAAGCUUAACCAGCUGUUCGGUUCACCUCCACCACGAUCCGUUAUCACCGAGCGUCCAAAGCAGAAGUCCGUAUUCGUGGCAUACGUGCUUUGGUUGUUCGGAGGUUUCUUCGGGCUUCAUCAUCUCUAUCUGCACCAGGAUCGACGAGCAUUCGUUUGGUGGUGCACUUUGGGAGGAUACUUCGGUAUCGGAUGGCUUACCGAAAUUCAUAAAAUUCCGUCAAUGGUGCGGGACUGUAACGAAGAUCCACGCUUCAUCGGAGAAUUUCAGGCAAAGAUACGUAUGAACCAGAAGCCACCCCUAACAACAUCACGAUUACUGCUGGCUGUGAUGGUUGGCUUUCUGUUCGGCCAGUUGAUUAUGAUCGCAAUACCGCAACAGGUUUUUGUCGGAGUGGAUUGGAAUUUCUUGCAUUGGUGCAUUCCUAUCGGAUCUGCGAUUGGCGUUUGGACGGUGGGAAACAUGGGUCGUGAGAAGGGAGUGUUUUGGCACUGCUUGAUAGGUGCUUACGUUGCCUAUCCCAUCCGAUACUUCGUUUUGGAUGAGGCUUACUGGUUCACUUUGAUGACAGUUGCUUCGGCGUUUGCUUUUCACUAUUUUUCUAAAGAGUGGAAUCUAGAGGUACCAAAACGCGAGAAGCCUUUGAAGCGAGCUGCUAUCUUCGUACCUUGUGUUCUGUUGUAUCUUUCGUUGUGGGGAUGUUUCUUCUACUUCAACGGUACCAUCACGGACUCCGAUGGUGAUGAGGUACCGGUACACGAAGCAAUCCAUAAUUUCAUCAAAUCACCGUGGUGGACUGACCUUAAGCAAACUGUAUCCGAUACAAUUCAGUUCGCUAAGCAUAACGGAUGGGCUGAGGUUUGGAAGCAGAUUAUAGACUCUAUGGAUGCUGAUGGAGAGCAGAAUGCGUACAAGGUUUUGGGAGUCAGCCCGACGGCUUCUCAAACAGAGAUCACAUCUAUUUGGCGAAAGUUGUCUCGGGAAAACCAUCCGGAUAAAGUUAAGGAUGAAUCACUACGUCGAGCAGCUCAGGAGAAGUUUAUGGAGAUUCAGCAAGCCUAUGAAGUACUUAGCAAGAUUAAAUCCAAGAGACGACAACGAAGCAAGAAGUCUAAUGAGGAUCUUUAGUGUAAACAAAAAACAUUCCAAAUCUUUAAUCGUAUGAACUGAUUAAUUUCUAAAUGCGCUGUAAAUAUUUAUUGAAUGAGUUGUAAUCAAAGAAUGCAGCAUUUUCAGUUUUAUUUUA